UUCGAACCAGUGAAUAGCGAUCGCAGUUCGAAACUGUGAUCGCAGUUCGAACCUGUGAAUUACGAUCACAAUAGCAAAUAGCAGAAAAGUAACAACUUUCUUCAGGGUAUUGUAUUGUUACAAAAGUAGUAUUAAGUUGUAUUUGUAUUGCUAUAUGCAUCCCUUAUUAUGAACAAUAGCUGUAGGUAUAUGGAAUAGCAUUUGUCUUGUUGUAGACAUCUGGCGCCGCACUGUUGCUUGUCUACUGGCGCCGCGGCAGUCUGCUUGCGUCUGGCGCCGUAUAGCAUUAUGUUCUGGUAAUUUCCAGACGCAAUAUUCUAGAAGGACACGUCGGCAUCAGCGAGAAGUGCGUGGCUAUAUAAGCCGUGGCAGCGCCAACGUAAUGAAUCAGUGCUAAGAGUAAACUGUUAUAGUGUAGACGAGUUGUAAAAUAAAGAGUUGUUGAAUUGAAUUAAACAGUAAACGGUUUUAUUUGUCAAUCCAGAGAUACGAACCUAGUAAAGUGAAACUAGCAAGGAGUAAAUUCGCAACAAUUGGUGUCAGAAGUGGGAUUGUCAAAUAAUCCAAAUUCAAGAUGGUUAAAUUCGGAGAAUUGAGAAUUCAGCAUUUGAAAAAGGAACUGGAGGAGCGUAAAUUGCCGAUAAGCGGGCAAAAGGCGGAUCUGCAGGCACGAUUACGUGAAGCAAUGGAAGCGGAUGGAAUUAAUGUGGACGAGUUCGAAUUUCAUGGGCCAGAAACUUCUACAAAGGUAGAAGAAAAAGUAGAAGAACAACGAACAUCAUCGAGUGUGGACAUGAACAUGCUAUUAGUGGCUAUACAGAAAAUAGGUGAAAAUACAGAAAAUGCAGUGCAAACAGGAAAUCGUCUGGCACAGCAAAUAGCUGAAAAUGCAGAAAAGGCAGUGCAAACAGAAAAUCGUCUGGCACAGCAAAUAGCAGAAAAUACAUCACAGUUAAAGUCUUGCCUUACACAACAAAUGACUGAAAAUAAUACGCAGUUAGAAAAGCGUUUGGCACAACAGAUUACAGAAAAUAAUACACAAGUGCAAGAGAAAUUUUCAAAAUUUGAAGACGAAUUAAGCACUUUAAAAAAUGACGAAGAAAAUUUAAAAUCAGAAGUUCUUCAGUUAAGUAAUCGUGGGCGAGAACUGCAACUACAUGGCCCUGCACCAUCAACAAAUAAUCGAAGAUUGAAGGCACCCACAUUCGAUGGAAGUAUUCCAUUUCAAAUUUUCAAACUUCAGUUUGAAAAGACAGCAAUGGCCAAUAACUGGAAUGCAGCGGACAAAGUGGCGUCCUUGUUUGUAUCAUUGAAAGGACUUGCGGCAGAAAUCCUUCAGACUAUUCCAGACUGUGAACGGGACAACUAUGAGGCAUUGAUGAGUGCGAUAGAAAGACGAUAUGGUAGUGAGCACCGGAAACAAAUAUACCAGAUCGAACUGCAAAAUAGGGGUCAGAAGAUGAACGAGUCAUUGCAAGAGUUCGCAACUGAAAUAGAACGACUGGCUCAUUUGGCAAAUGCAGAUGCACCUGUGGAUUACAUUGCGAGGGUAAAAAUUCAAUGUUUCAUAAAUGGAAUUCGUGAUGUGGACACCAAACGCGCCACAUAUGCAUUGCCAAAAAGAACGUUUGCUGAAACGGUUUCGCACGCCCUCACACAGGAAACAGCUUCCCUACUAAGUAAACCAGCACACAAAGUACAAAGGGUUGAAAUGGAACAACCGGCGCUGAUGGAAGAAAUACUGAAGACUCUGAAGACAAUUGCUGCACCGCGAGUAAAUACAACAGGAAGAUGUUUCAACUGUGGAAAAGCGGGUCACUUUGCCCGAAAUUGCAAUAUAAAAGUAAACCCAUCAAAACGGAAACAACCAACAGAUAACGAGGACGGAGCAUCCGCAUCUCACAAGUCGUUAAACUAAAACGGAACAGUUCAAAGGGGCGUGAGCUGGUUCCCACAACUAUUUGCCCCGCCAUCUCGAUAUCACAAAUAGGUCGCCAUGACAACAAUCUUACUACCAACGGCAUCGUAAAUGGACGACUGUCAACGCUUACUUUGGAUACUGGUGCCACACAUUCAAUUAUCCGACCGGAUGUGGUAAGAGGAACGGUUGAACCAUUAGUCGGUUGCAAGCUUCGAACGGCCACCGGGGAGGAAGCAGCUGUCGCGGGAAAAGUGUUUUGCGAAGUGAUGAUUGGUACCCUGGAAGUUAAUCACACCUUCAUCGUAGCAGAAAUCACGGAUGAAAUUAUAAUGGGAGUAGAUUUCUUGAUUGAUCACGGGGUUACUUUGGAUUUAAACAAGCAAAUGCUGUUUUGCCAGAACAUGGAGAUGCCUAUAAACACCGGAUAUGUGACCAACGUUGAAAGUAAGAGGGUGAUUGUUGAUGAUAAUCAGAGUAUUCCACCAAAAUCUGAGGAGCUUGUAUGGGCUAAGGUGAAUGGAGGAGGUGGGACUGAAGAGUUGUGGAUUGUGGAACCAACAAACAUAGAUACACCCAUAUUGGUAGGAAGAACGCUUGUGAAAACUAGAGAAGACGCCACCAUUCCGGUCAGAGUAGUGAAUGAAUUCAACACGCCUAUAAGUCUGAAGAAAGGAGCAGUAAUUGGACAGUGCCAGAAUAUAAGUGCAAUAGCACGAUGCGAACGGUCACAACAGAAGCCUACUAUUGAGCCACAGCAGACAAGUCCUACACUCCUAAACAAUUUGCUGAAUGAGGUGCAUGGAUAUGAAAAAUUAAAAGCAGAAAAACUAUUAGAAAAAUACGCAUCCAUAUUUGCAAACGAAGGAAACAACACAGGAAGAACCGGCAUUGUCAAACAUCGCAUAAAUACCGGAGACGCUAAACCAAUCCGACAAGCUCCGCGUAGGGUUCCACUAGCGAAACGUGAAGAUGCUAACAAAAUUAUUGAAGGAGAAAAGGAGUUUUACUUAAAAAAAACUUGAUAUACCCCGGUGUUGGAUCGGCCAGGGUUAUUUUUUGUGAAGCGCGGCCGAAGGCCGCCAAUGCGAAAAGGAGUUUUAAUUAAAAAAAACCUGAUACACCCCGGUGUUGGAUCGGCUAGGGUUAUUUUUUUGAAACGCGGCCGAAGGCCGUCAACGCGAAAAGGAGUUUUACUUAAAAAAACUUGAUACACCCCGGUGUUGGAUCGCCCAGGGGUAUUUUGUUGAAGCGCGGCCGAAGGCCGCCAACGCGAAAAGGAGUUUUAUUUUUUUUGAAGCGCGGCCGAAGGCCGCCAAUAAAGCCUUAAAACUUUUCUUAUUACAAUGGAAAAUUUAUUUCAGAUAGUAUUUGUUUUCUGCGUUUGAGUUUUUAUAUCCAUUCUUAUUCGUUUGAUAUAUGUGUAAUUAUGGCAACACUUAAUAUCUGGUGAUUUUUUAAGAGCUUGAUAACUUUUUUUUAAAAAAAAACGCAUAAAAUUUGCAAAAU